GGGAGGCGGCUAUAAAGGCCCCACCCAGGCCUGCCGGCUGCGCUCGCCAUCUGGGGACGCUUGCAGCACUCGGCGCUCGGCCCAGCUUCUCGCAAAAUGUCUACUGUUCACGAAAUCCUGUGCAAGCUCAACUUGGAGGGUGAUCACUCUACACCCCCAAGUGUAUACGGCUCAGUCAAAGCCUACACCAACUUUGAUGCCGACCGGGAUGCUUUGAACAUUGAAACAGCCAUCAAGACCAAAGGUGUGGAUGAGGUCACCAUCGUAAACAUCUUGACCAAUCGCAGCAAUGAGCAGAGACAGGAUAUUGCCUUUGCCUACCAGAGAAGGACCAAAAAGGAACUUCCAUCAGCGCUGAAGGCAGCCUUGUCCGGCCACCUGGAGACGGUGAUUUUGGGCCUAUUGAAAACACCCGCUCAGUAUGAUGCUUCGGAGCUGAAAGCCUCCAUGAAGGGGCUGGGGACCGAUGAGGAUUCUCUCAUUGAGAUCAUCUGUUCACGGACCAACCAGGAGCUGCAGGAAAUUAACAGAGUCUACAAGGAAAGUGAGUAACCCUGGUUCUGUGAU